AUGGCCAUUUCCACAAUCCUGAACCCUGAAGCUCGAGAGUUCAUCCCCCAGAACAGCUCCCUUCUUCUCCAAUCUCACCCUCCUCCUCCCUUCGCUUACACCAACCUCAUCCUCCCUCCCUCGACCCCCAUGAUCAGCUUCUACAACUCAACGCCACCCCCUUCGCCGUACUUCGCCACCACCACCCACUGCUGCUACCAGUACCAAUACUACUCCACCCUCCCUCGACCCCUCUUAGGCCCUGAAACGCGCCGUUUCUCCGCCAACUACUCCGGCGUCCAUCUACCGCCGACACCGCCGCCGCCGCAAUCAAACCCUUCCAAGCGAUGGAACCGCGCCCAAAUCAGCGUGGAGCUGGAGCCGGGACUAGGCGACCAGAAGCUGGCCGCGGGCCACCAUCCCAGAUGCGGCGGACGGGGGAGGGGGCCCGGCAGUGGCCGGCGCUCUCCGCCGUGGCGCCGCGGCGGUAGCGGCGGAGUUGGACGAGGAGGGAAUUUGGGGUAUCGCGGGAGGCGAUCGGCGUGGAAGGAGGAGCUCUUGUCGUUGGGCGUCGUUAACAACAGCAGUAGCGAAGAGGAGUACUGUUGCAGCGUGGACACGACGACCAAUAUUCACAAGUACCCGAGGAUCGUGGAGCCCCGAGAGAUGGUGGGGAAGAAAAAGAAGCCGGUGGUGCCGGUCGACGAGGGCGGCGAUCGCACCACCGUCAUGAUCAGGAACAUCCCCAACAAGUACACUCGCGAAUUGCUGAUCGAUUUCUUGGACAAGCACUGCCAAAUGGAGAACCAGAAGGCGGAGGGCGAGGACGACGGUGCUAUCAUUUCCGCUUACGAUUUUGUCUACUUGCCUCUUGAUCUCAGGAGGAAGGCAAAUCUGGGGUACGCGUUCGUGAACUUCACCAGUCCGAGAGCGGUGUGGAAGUUCAAAGUCGCCACCAAUAACCAAAGGUGGGAGCUAUUCUACUCCAGCAAGAUUCGUCAGAUCGCGACCGCCAAAUACCAGGGGAAAGAGGCGCUAAUGCGGCACUUCGAGAACACAGUGUUUGCUUGCGACUCCGACGACUUCCUGCCCAUCACGUUCAGGCCACCACGCAAUGGGUCGGGCGAGGCGGUGACCCAAGAGGUCGUAGGCGGGCGCAUUGCUCCUAGACGCGUCGAGGCGCAGCUCAAUAAGGCGGACCGUCUCUAA